AUGGGAAAACCUUCACCACGUAUCGGCGUCAGUGAUGAUGCCGUCUCCCUACACUCUCAACCUGGUGAACACUCACUCGCUGCUCCCCUGGACGGAAAUCUGGACACCGAUGCUCCAGAGCUGAACAUCGACGACCUCCCGCCCCUCUACGACGAAAUCAACGCCCUGGGAAGCAGUAGUAGUGCUCCUCUUCUCCCCUCUGGCGGCGGUGCGCCACCCUAUAUCAACCACCCCAACAACAUCCUUCCUCCCGGAGACUGGGUGCAAAACUACAAAAGAGACGAGCCCACCGGCACCGAACUCUACCUUGACCCGCGCCUGGACCGCGACCCCAAGUUCCUUCAAGAGCACAUCGAACUAUGGUCCAAACAACCACCGCGGCCCUUCGUUCGCAUUCACGGCACCCACAAGCGCCGCAAGGACAUAACCGACCCGCAAAACGGGCGUCGUAAGAACGACUCGGAGCGAGUUACGGACUUUGACCUGCACAUCGAGCUCACCCCCUACCUCUACACGGACGUCAUCUCGCAAACCUCUCUGAUGGAGCUGCGCACCGCCGAGAACGACGAAAAGGUCCGUCGCGGCACCAUCCUCCGCAAGCGCGCGCCGGGUACUAGUCGCCAUAUCGAGGUCGGGCUAGCCGAGAAGCCGACGCUGGCGGAGUGGUGUCACCGGUACUGCGCCAGCCAUGCCGGGCUCAAGUGCUUGACGCUGCAGCGGCGUGUGGUCGGGUUCGACGACCAGAAGAUCGUGCAGAAGCUGACGGACAUGGUGCGCGCGACCAACUACCGCGGCAGUCUGGACAUCAGUUUCCCCAAGAAGGACGAGUACGUGCAUGUAUACAACGACUGCAAGACCAACAAGUGGCGGACGACAUGGUGGAUUGUCUGGCUGUGCAUGUUCAGCCUCAUGUUUCUCUUCACGUGGCCGUAUUUGUGGUUCAGGACCAAGAGGUUCGAGACGGUCUUUGCGGAUUGGCACUUUUCGGUCAUGGGCACGGAUGGCCAGAAGAAAUAUGCCAGUAUCAGCGAGGAUCAGUGGUAUAACAUGUGGGGACGGGCGAUCAAUCGCGCCGUGAUGGAGAAGAGGCAGUGUACCCUGGACCAGCAGGAUUUGCUGAACAACCAGGAGGGCCAGCAGGAGAGUUUUGGUCAUCCUGUGGUGGACGGGGCGGCGAGCUUCGUCAGGGCGGGUGUCAAUGCCAUGAACGCGGUGAACCGCUCGCUGGGUUGGGGUUAUGAUGAGUUUUAA